AAUUGCCUACUGCCAUGAAAACUGGAUUAUAACAUGGAUGCCUACUGCCAUGAGGAAGUGGUGGAUUAUUUUCAGUAGCUAUUCACUUCUGAUAAUCGUACAGAGUUUGAGGAAAUUUUGGAAGGGAUCCCACUGUCUAUAACUGUUGAGAUGAACAGAAUGCUAACCAGACAAGUCUCAGAACAGGAAAUCUGCCAUGCAGUCAAAUCCAUGCAUCCUAACAAGUCUCCAGGCCAGACGACGAUUCACUUAUAUUCUGUCGAGCCAAGGUUGCUGAUGCUAGGCAGCUUAUGAGAAUUCUGGAGGUCUAUGGGAAAGCUUCAGGACAGCUCAUAAACAAGGAGAAGUCUUUGGUCUUUUUUAGUAGAAAUGUAAAUGAGAGGCAGAAGGAAGAAGUACUGCAGUCACUGGAAGGUAUGCAACAUGUGCAACAGAGCAAAUACUUAGGAUUGCCAUUAGUUGUGGGGAGAUCGAAAAGGCAAGUGUUUGACUUUGUCAGACAGAGGACAGUCAACAGGCUGAAGGGAUGGAAGGAAAAGUUACCGAGUCAAGCUGGCAAGGAGGUUUUGUUAAAAUCUGUUAUUCUAGCUCUCCCCACUUAUGUGAUGUCAUGCUGUAGAUUGCCAAAGGAUUUAUGCAGACACAUUUGCUCAGAAAUGGCCAGGUUUUGGUGGGGACAGAGGGAGGAGGACAGGAAGAUUCAUUGGAUCAGGUGGAGUAAAAUGACUGAGCCUAAAUCAGAGGGGGGACUUGGCUUCAGGGAUUUGCUGGAUUUCAAUCUGGCUUUGUUGGGGAAGCAGCUAUGGAGGAUCCAAAUGAGGCCAGAUCUUCUAAUGAGUAGCAUAAUGAGGGCUAGGUAUUUUCCAGGGAAGUCUGUGUGGGAGGCAAGGCAAAAGGGCACUGAGUCUUGGUGUUGGAGAAGUCUUCUGAGUGCCAGAGGGAUGUUGGAGGAGGGGAUGUGCAUAAGGGUAGGAGAUGGUGAACAUAUUAAUGUUUGGGAGGACUGAUGGCUGCCUAAUACCGAGCAGGGGAGGAUAAGAUCCAAGAGGAACCCAGAGAGUAAAAUUCAGUGGGUUAGUGAGCUGAUUAAGGAGGGACAAUGGGAUAAAGAGCUGCUCUUGCAGGAGUUUGAGGAACCAGACAGAGCAAGCAUCACACAGAUUCCAUUAAGCCUGGGCAAGCAACCAGAUAAGGUGUAUUGGGCAAAGUCAAAUUCAGGUGGCUAUACUGUAAAGUCUGGCUACCAUCAAGUAAAGGUAAUGAAAAGGGAAAACAGCUAUGCUAGAGGUUUCCAAGAGUCAACUAGCAUAAGGAGAACGAAGUCCCAGAACUGGAACUUCCUGUGGGGACUAAACAUGAAGGACAAGCUAAAACACUUUGUUUGGAAGUGUUUGCAGGGAAUUGUACCAACUAAUGCAGUGAUUAGGGAGAAAAGUGUGAAAGGGGACCCAAUGUGCAAGUGCUGUGGAGAGAGUGUGGAAACAUUGGAGCACAUGUUGUUUAGGUGUAGUAGUGCUAGAGCAAUCUGGAAGGUUGCUCCCUUGAGCUGGGAAGGGUUGGAGGUGUUUGAUAAGAGCUUUUGGCAUUGGUGGGAAGAACUUAGAGGGGCCUCGAGUAGGGAAAAUGGGAGAGACCACAUAACUCUAACAGUGAACCUUCUGUGGCAGAUUUGGAAGGCCAGGAAUGACAAGUAAUUCAACAAUAAUUGUAUGGAUCCAAGGGUGGUAGUAGAUAAGGCAGUGCUGGAAUGGAAUGAGUACCACUUGGCUCAGGAAGCAGGGAUAGUAAAAGAGGGUCACAGCGCAGGACUGAAGGGGGUAAGCAAGAGUUGGGAGAAACCACAAGGUAACUGGAUUAAGGUCAAUACGGAUGCAGCUUUGAACGGGACGCAUGGUAAAGCCGGAUGGGGCAUCGUGGCAAGAGAUAGUCAUGGAAUGGUGAUAAGAUCCUGGGCAUGUCCAUCGGCAAGCAAUGCUGAGGCGAAAGUUGAAGAAGCGCUGGCAAUCAGGGAGGUGAUGGUUCGGGCCAGCAGAGAGGGAUGGUUGAUGGUAGAGUUUGAAUCUGAUUGUAAAUUGGUAGUAGACAAGAUUAAUGCGUAGGAGAAGGAGGUCAGAUUAGCCACCAUUUUAGCAGAUAUUUGGAGUCUGUGAACGAAUUUUGACAAAUGUUGUUUCUCCUUCACUAGAAGGCCAAACAACUCUGUUAGUCACCAGUUAGCAAAAGUUGCUACAGAUUUGAUAGAUACCGCUGAAUAGAAGUGUGACUUCCCAGCAUGGCUGCCAGAGUUAGCUCAGGCAAACCUGAUUGUCGAUUGAUUUCUGACUCUGUAUUGUUUUUAUGAUUAAUAUGAUGUUGCCGUUGGGUAAAAAAGAAAACAUGGAUGGUUAUAUAGUGGAGACAGUACGGAUAUCUCCAGGAAGAGUAAAGCAACGGUUUGGAAGGAUGUGGUGUGCAAUGAGCCACCGCAGCAGCAUUGAUGGGAAGGGCCAGCACGUGCUGUUUGGUUGCAGCCCAACAGUAUCGGUUUCUUACCGGUUUGAUAGUGAGUUAGGUGUUGUUCAUGGGACCCGUAAAUGCUUAGUGGGCGGUCGAAGUGGUAGCGGGUAAUGAAAAUAAUUCAAAUGAAUCAGCACCGCGUACUGUUUUGCAAACUAAAAGUACAAAUAUUACAUAUAUAUUCGAUUCAUCCUUCAGAAUUAUAUCACAUCCCAUAUUUAAUAAAAUAAGAUGAAUUGAAAUGGUAUUUUGUAAAGACAUAAGCACCUUCAAUAUAUUUUUUCGAUUGCC